AUGGCAAGCGAACAGAGAUUGCAGAAGAAACGCAAGGCCUGGAAAGAGAGAAAAAAAGCACAUCACAAAGCUACCAAGGCCGCGGAAUCCACACCUGGCAGCUGGAAGUCCCUUGGUGUUAAUCUUAACCCCAAGCCUGGGGAGGCUCGACCGGUAAGAGCAAUGAAUAUGCCGGUACUUGACCCAAACUUUACAGAUAAAAAGUCCAGAAGCGUUUUGCUGCAUACUGAAGCAAAGCUCGACCAGAUCCAAGCCCAGCUGGAGAAACACAACAAGAAAUGGACCGCCAACGUGAUGAAUGUGCACAGACAGCUGGAGGUUGAACACACCCAGGAUGGCAUCAACAAAAAAGUUGACCUCGUUGCAAACGUUAGGAACAGGCUUUUGCAUGAGAUCAACGCCAUCAAGGAUACAAUCGAAGGCAUGAAGACGACUCGUGCCAAUGAUUUCAAACACAAUGUGGUGGAAGAAAUGGAAGAGAAUGGUCAAGACGGUGACCCGCCUGGGUCGGAGGAAGAGGAACUUGUCAUUUUCGUAGGGGAAUAG